GGGCAGUCGGCGCGCGGGCCGGGCCGGCGUCCGCUCAGCCUCGCUCGCGCGCGUCGCCCCGGGCCCCAGGGGAUGCCCCCGGCCGGGCGCUCCCAUGGCCGCCCAAGUCUUCAUGUGCUCCCCGCGCCGGCCCAGCAGCCCGGGCCGCCCGGCGCUGCUCCAAUCCCCGGCGCCUGAGGACGACGACGACUCGGACACGGAUGAGCCGUCCCCGCCGCCCGCCGGCGGCGCGGCCACCGCGGCCCGGGCCCACGCGAGCGCCGCGCCGCCGCCGCCCUGGGCCGGGCCGGGCCGCGAGGAGCCUCCGCGCCGCCAGCAGAUCAUCCACAGCGGCCACUUCAUGGUGUCGUCGCCGCACCGCGAGCACCCGCCCAAGAAGGGCUACGAUUUCGACACGGUCAACAAGCAGACGUGCCAGACCUACAGCUUCGGCAAGACCAGCUCCUGCCACCUGUCCAUCGACGCCUCGCUCACCAAGCUCUUCGAGUGCAUGACCCUGGCCUAUAGUGGGAAGUUGGUGUCUCCAAAGUGGAAGAAUUUCAAGGGCCUGAAGCUCCAGUGGAGAGACAAGAUCCGGCUCAAUAACGCCAUCUGGCGGGCGUGGUACAUGCAGUAUUUGGAGAAGCGCAAGAACCCUGUGUGCCACUUCGUCACCCCACUAGACGGCUCUGUGGACGUAGAUGAGCAUCGCCGGCCAGAGGCCAUCACCACAGAAGGGAAGUACUGGAAAAGCCGCAUUGAGAUCGUGAUCCGGGAAUAUCACAAGUGGAGAACCUACUUCAAGAAAAGGUUACAGCAGCACAAGGAUGAAGACCUCUCCAGCCUGGCCCAGGAUGACGACAUGCUCUAUUGGCACAAACAUCAGGAUGGAUGGAAGACCCCGGUCCCAAUGGAGGAGGACCCGCUGCUGGACACAGACAUGCUCAUGUCAGAAUUCAGCGACACACUUUUCUCCACACUCUCCUCGCACCCGCCGGUGGCCUGGCCCAACCCACGGGAAAUAGCACAUCUGGGAAAUGCAGACAUGAUUCAGCCGGGGCUGAUUCCUUUGCAGCCCAAUCUGGACUUCAUGGACACUUUUGAACCUUUCCAGGACCUCUUUUCUUCCAGCCGCUCCAUUUUUGGCUCCAUGCUGCCUGCACCUGCCUCAACAUCUGCACCAGAUCCCAACAGCCCACCUGCUCAGGAGAGCAUCCUGUCCACCACCUCUCUCCCUACCGUGAGCCUCCCUGACAGCCUCAUCUCAUCCCCUGCAGCCACUGCCCUGGACCCCACGGAUAGACCAGGCUGUGAACGCACGUCCCAGCCUGAGGACCCCUUUAUCCAGCCUGCAGACUUUGGUCCCUCUGCACCCCCGCUGAGUGUCCCGCAGCCUUUCCUCCCCGUGUUCACCAUGCCUGUGCUCUCGCCCAGCCCCGCACCGACGCCCACACCCCCUGCCGUGCGGCUAGUCCCUCCUGCCGCCUCCCUGAGCCCCCCGACUCCACCCGCCUUCCUGCAGCCACAGAAGUUUGCUGGAGCCAACAAGUCCCCUGCUGUCACUGCCCACACGGCUUCCACCACCCUCACGCACGAUGCCUCUGCCACCUCCUUCAACCAGGGCCAGGGCCUUGUCAUCACCCCUCGCCACCCCGCCCCCUCCCCACCCCCCUGUGGCCUGGCACUGUCUCCAGCCACCCAGCAGCCAGCUGUUGGGCCUCCCCAACCCCGUUUAACUUUUGUACAUCCCAAACCUGUAUCCUUGACUGGAGGGAGGUCCAAGCAGCCCCCCAAAAUAGUGCCUGCUCCCAAACCAGAGCCUGUAUCCUUGCUGUUGAAGAAUGCUCACAUCGCCCAAGCUGCCUUCUCAGGACAACCACAAGCAGUGAUCAUGACAGGCCCUCUGAAGAGAGAAGGGAUGUUGGCUUCUACCGUGUCCCCGUCUAAUGUGGUCAUCACGCCUGCUCCCAUUGCCAGGGCUCCUGGAGUCACAGAGUUCCCCAGGGGCAUCCUGGUGACAGACCUGGGCCAUGCCACCAGCAGCCAGCCUUCCCCCGUCUCCCGGCUCUUCUCUCCAAGCACAGUUCAAGACUCCCUGGUGAAGGGCGAACAGGUCCCGCUGCAGGGGGGCAGUCCCCAGGUCCCUGCCGUGGGUUCCAGUCGUGAUGGCCCGAACUCAGGGCAGGCCUCUCCGCGUGCUUCAGAACACAGCCCCAGUCCUCAGUCUCCCCAGGACAGCUGCUCAGGGAAACACUCUGCAGGUCUCAAAAAUGUGGCUGUGUUGAAGAACCGGCAGAUGAAGCACAUUUCAGCCGAGCAGAAGAGGCGCUUCAACAUCAAGAUGGGUUUUGACACCCUGAACAGUUUGAUCUCUAAUAACUCCAAGCUGACCAGCCACGCCAUCACGCUGCAGAAGACGGUGGAGUACAUCACCAAGCUGCAGCAGGAGCGCGGCCAGAUGCAGGAGGAAGCGCGGCGGCUGCGCGAUGAGAUCGCCGAGCUCAAUGCCACCAUCCUCUCCUGCCAGCAGCUGCUCCCUGCCACAGGAGUCCCCGUCACCCGGCGCCAGUUUGAUCACAUGACAGACAUGUUUGACGAAUAUGUAAAGAGCCGGACCCUGCAGAAUUGGAAGUUCUGGAUCUUCAGUAUCAUCAUCAAGCCGCUGUUUGAGUCCUUCAAGGGGAUGGUGUCCACCAGCAGCCGGGAAGAACUGGAGCGGACGGCACUGUCCUGGCUGGACCAGUACUGCUCCCUGCCCGUCCUCAGGCCAACGGUGCUGAACACCCUCCGGCGUCUGAGCACCACCACCUCCAUCCUCACAGACCCGUCCCAGCUGCCAGAGCAGGCGGCAGAGGCUGUGACCAGAAUUGGCAAGAGAUCGGGGGAGUCUUAGCAGCGCUUAGCGGGCACGUGCCACACAGGAUGCAGAAGAACCUUUCCCGCCGUGGAGAGGAGGCUGCACCCCACGCCUCUCCUGACACAGAGCUUCAGGCCUCCCUCCAACUCUGCCAGGCCACUGGCUGCUCAAACACCGUGCUCAGGUCUGAAGCAGGUUCGGGUCCUGCCAACGGCAAUAGCCCAUCUUUGGGAACCCUUUGCUGUAAACUCUCACUCAGCGACCUCAGUCACAACCACCACUGCCCUUGGGGCAGCCCAGACGGGAACACAGCAGUCCCAGUCCCGACCUGCUGGCCUGCAGGGCUCACGGAAGGAGAUGGGGCCAAGGAGGCAGCAUCUGCUCCUGGCGCUAGGAACCAGGUCCCUUCCCAGUCCCUGUCUGUCAUGUCCUGGGUGGUUGUCUCCUCUGAAGGAUUCCUGCACCUGCUCUGGCCCACCCCUGGGGCACGUGGAAGGCGUCUCCCUUCCUUCCUCACACUCUGACCUUGCAGACACUCGGACAGCCGCUCAGGCCGCUGCACGGCCGCUGCCUGGGGAGCGCCAGAGCUCACGUGCGGACGCGGGCGGGCGGGGGAGUGCACAGAUGCGAAGCUGCUGCCCUGGCUGGGGGCCUCCCCGGUGGCGGCUCCUCUGUUCCCAUUCAGCUCCACGUGGCAUGGCGGGGCAGCACCCCAGCACUGCGGCUGGAGAAUCGGGGUGGCGGCUCGGCCCGGGGCUUUGCCAGGCGUCACCUCACAGAGUGGCCCUUCCACCCUGUUCUCCACCUGCGUCCACACUCAGCCUUGGGCGAGCCAGCAGUGUCCAGCGGACAUGUGUGACCCUUCGGGUGAAGCGUUAGCAAGGCCAGACUCUGUGGUGUUUCCAUCAGCCUGGUCAUCUUGUCUGCAUUGUUCAAACUGUAACAGUUCUCGGACCAAAGACGUCACACGCCCAGAGACUGUCCUGUCCUGUGUUUGGAGGAAGAACUAGAAUGUCUACAAGCGGAACUCUGAGGUGGCCAGCUCCAGCUGUCCCUACGUGUCUCCCAGACCAGACAGUAGAGAGCUCACCCAGAGUUGAGGUGGAGGGGACCCGGGAGCAUCGGGUUGUUUCCGAGUGGGAACUGUAGUAGGGAGGGUUCCGAGGAAGGGCCCCGAAGGGUGGUCCGGGCCAGACCCCACCGAGUCUGCGCGAGCAGCUGCAGGUGAAGGGCGCUCCGGCACUCAGGAAGCCGGCCAAGGGUGCCUCCUUGUGGAAAGAAUGUGCUUUUGUCGUUUUGCUGUGAAGUUCAAGGGCCAGCUGGCUCUGUCCUCACCAGAAGUGGAGAAGACAGUACUGGGCAGACUAGCAGACCGGGGUGGGCUUUGAGGGAGCUCGGGGGCUCUUUGAGGGGGAACCGUGGCUACCUCCUGAAGUUCCAAUCCAUUAGGAGGCUCCCCCUGGUAACUGGAGGCCUGAGGGCUGUGCCCAGAGGGUGGCCAGCCCCGCCUCAGCCUUGGGUGAUGGAGGCUGGAUGGGGUUUCUCUCCCUGUUGCCAUCCGAGCAGCUACCUCUGCCACAGGUCGCCGACCUGUCACCUGCUCCCUGGUCUGUGCUUCAAGCUUGUACAAGAGCAGUGUGUGGCUACCCUGUCAGUCUCCCCAGAAAACAAGUUUACAGGCCUUCUGGAUCCCUCUCCUGAGGGCAGGCUCAAGACAAGGCUGGGCUGGUUCUCCACCCCACUGGGACGUGGUAGGAGAACGUCUCUACCCCCAGGGUGAGCCCCAAGCCCCUUCACAAGGGGAAGGCCACUGUGUGAGACCCCGCCAGGGCCAGAGGGACGGGGGACACGUCCGCAGCUGCGAGGCUCACGGGGGCUCGUGCCCGGCCCUCCCCAGACCUGUGCCUUCAGAGACCACGUAGGUGGCCACGGCGCGUGGCCCCGCCUAGACCCUCCUGAAUCCGUAGCUUUCUCCCAUCUCUUUCUGGGAGUCUUUUAAAAAAAAACUCCAUGGGAUAUAAAAUCGGCCUCUUGCUUGUUUGGCCUACCUCUCUCCCUCUCCCUUUUGCUGAUUUAAUGUUCAGAUUCUGUUUUGUUAAAUAUUUAAGGCUGUUAGGAUGUAUGUGACUUUGAAGGGUGUGUGUGUGUGUGUGUGUGUGUGUGUGUGUGUCUGGCUUGUGUCUGUUCUGAGAUACCUACUUAAAUCCAUUUCUCUUGGUGCUCACCGUUGCUGCGGCUGCAGGGCCACAGAGCUGUUUCUCUUGCUGCAGGCACGAUUGCUGCUUGUCCCGAGGUUUUCUCGUCUGGCAGUCUGGCUGAUGGACCUGGACAGGCACGAGGGCCUCUUGAGCUCCGCCUAGGGUCUCCAGCCAGGGCGUGGGGAAGCCGGGGCAGUUCGCCAGCAGCCUGCAGCGGACACUGUGGGGCUGGCUUGUUUACACUCAUUUCACUCCCACUCUUGUCGUUACUCCCGUAAAAAAACUUUAAAAUGCUGACACUUUGGAGAAUGAGAAAAUCAAUCUGAAAAGGAGAAAAAAAACACCCUGUCUGGCACAUCAGUGUCUGCAAGUAUUUCUGUGAAAUCUUUCUGUGCCAUCAGCCCUGCACCCUGCUGCUCGCCCUCAGUGAGCGUGGUGCAGAGGCAGAGCGGCCCCGUGGGGCUUUCUGGAGGGUGAGGGCCUGCCCCUCCAGCCUCAGGCGGGUCACACACCAGCUGGCUCCCCUCAGGAGGUCCCCAGCCCUGUGGCAGAGGUUUUCACCGCGUGGCUGGAGGGAAGUCGUCCCCACGUCAGAAGUUAGUGCAGGGGGAGGGGGUGAAAUCCCAGCAUGCCUUGUUCCUGGAGCCUCUAGGAUGAGGGGUGGUCAGGGGUUGCCAUGGGGAUCCUUGGGCGCCCAGCUUCCGUCACGUCCUGUCCUUACGACCUGACUCUGCUUUCCCUUUCCAGAGGUCAGGCCUGAAGGUUUUUUGUGUUUUUUUUUACUGUGGCAAAUACUUUGGCACCCCAGGAUGGUGCCAAACUCCUUUGUCCCACCCCAGAUGAAGGGGUGUGGGAAGGGUGACAUUGCCUGAUCCUGGCACACCCACCUGUAGAAGGGGCCGCGCGCUCCUGUCUCCAUGUGCAGUCCUGGCCGACUUCACCCAGCUUCCUCUCAGGCUGGGCCUCCUUCUUUGAGAGGCCCAGCUUCCCACCUAGACGAUCAUGGGACAGCAGGGUUGUUUUAAGAUCCCAGGUGAUGACUGUCCAGCUGGACGAUCGCUCAUCAGAGGAGCGGGGGCUGUCCGCCCAUGGCCAGCAGACUCGCUGAGUGCAGGGGCUGGGCCAUGGGCCGGCCGGCCUCAGCUCAGUGUUGAUCUGCCCAGGCAGGCAGACCGGGGCGUGGCCUUAGCACCCUCCCACGCAGCAGCCCUCCCCCCCGUGGGUCCCUGGCCCCUCGAUGUUCCUCCCCCCGCCUGGGGUGUGCGUUGGGCUGCUCUUUCUGGUGGGAGAAUUGCCUUUCCCUAGAGAUGCCCUGCUUCCCAUUAGGCUCUGUGGUAGGUGAGCCCCCCUCCCCCCGACUCCUUACACUUAGCUUUGCAAAGUGUUCCUGGCUGGGCCUGGUUGGGAUGGGAGUCGGGAGCACCCUGACGUGGCAGUCUGGGGUCACUCAGGCUCCCUGGCAGCUGCAGGCCCUGGUUUUGGGCUUGGUGCCCUGAUGCCUCAUGUAUUAAGAUUUUCCCCAUAUCUCCGGGGAUGAGGUGGGGGGAUGGGGAGGAGGGUGUCAAUGAGGAAAAAAAGGAGAAACGGAGAAACAUCUGUAACAAAAAAUAAAAUAAAAAAUAAUCAUAGGUUUCCCCAUGCCUGAAUGCAGGGAAGGGGAGAGGAGAGCGAGGCUUGAGGGGGGAAGGGCUUGGAAGCUCAGCGUGUCCGAACCAUUCAGUAGCGGCCUGGUCUUGGCCCGCUCAGCAGGUGUUUGUGGUCGGAGGGUCCAGAAAAAGGGAGAAGUCUGAGGAGCCCUGAGUCCACCUGGCUCAACUACCCAACUUUCUUUCCCUUCUGAGAACUUGGCUUUCCUGGCUCACUACACAGGGGCUGUUCUCUUGUCAGGGCUUAUGAAAAUCCGCCUCGGAGAAAGAAAAGGGAACUUUUUUUAUAUUGAAUGUUGGCUUGGAGUGUGUGUGUGUGUGUGUGUGUGUGUGUGGAAUUUUAUUUUUGUGAAAUUCCUUUCCAAUUAUGUAGCAGAAUUCACCUUCAUCUCCCAAACUUUGGGUUCCACAGACCACCUUGGGGUUGCUAAUUUGAAGAUGCUCUUCUGCAUUUCUGAGCAGCGCUGUGCUGCUCUCAGGAACGGAGGUUGUGGAGGGUUGGGAGGAACCGAAGUUUUGUACGUUUCCAUAGUUUCCAUCCUGCAGUGCAAAGGUGUG